AUGGCUUGCAAAACGCAGAGAGAGGGAGAGAAAAAACAGAAAACACAACACGCGAGCGAGAGAGAAAGAACAAAAAAAAAACAAUCUACCUCACACCCAGUGCUCCGAUCCGGCGAACGAGCGUUUGAAGUCGAUUCAAACGCACCCAAACCGCGAUCGAACCUCACACCCAGAGCGCCGAUUGAAACGCACCCCAAACCGCGAUCGAACCUCACACCCAGAGCUCCGAUCCGGCGAACGAGCGAGAGAAAGUCGAUUGAAACGCACCUGAAACCGCGAUCGAACCUCACACCCAGAGCUCCGAUCCGGCGAACGAGCGAGAGAAAGUCGAUACGCACCCCAAACCGCGAUCGAUCCAGCAACCCAGAGCUCCGAUCCGGCGAACGACCACCGCGCCAAACGCCGCAGACCCACGUAAUGUCAAAGGGGAAAGAAAAAGUUGGUGGCAGCAAGCAAUUUAGGUGGCUGCCACCUAUGCAUGAGAUGAUGCUAAAGAUACUUACAGAGGAGGCUGGAAAGGGCAAUAAGCCCUCUAAUACUUUUAGGGCCGGCUCCUUUGCUCUUGUAGCGAAGGAGAUAACGGCCCAUUUCGGGGUUGAGUGCCACCCUGUAUUUGUGGAGAACCGAAUGCGGACUCUAAGGUCCAUAGUGGAUUCGGUUGGGACGAAAAUCUAA